AUGUACGGAGUUGCGGGCUUUCUGCGUCGACGUGCAGCUGCCUCGAGUGCAGCAGUCGGCGCUGUGACCUCACACAGUCCAAGAACGUUCGCCAUGAACCGGAUGGGACAGGUCAAGCCUUGCGAUUUCUCGUCCGCCAUGUACGGAGUUACGUGGUUUCUGGGCCGACGUGCAGCGGCCUCAGAUGCAGCAGUCGGGGCUGUUACCUCAGUUCUGGCUCAGCAGAUGCCUGCCCGUAUGGCCAACAAGAAGAAGCCCGAGACGACCCAUGAAGUUGCCCACGCCUACAUGACCACGCCUGGAGCACAUGUGCAGCCUGGUUGGUCGUACUCCUCCCUCAAAACGGACGAGACAUACCUCAGCCAGAUGAGCAUGGAAACAUUGGCAAGCAGAUACGCCCACAUUCCCGCAGAACAUAUGCCUCGCGUUCUGGAAGUCCUUGCCGCUACUCACGAGCUGCCUGAGCGAUUCGCCAAGCAGUUGAUGCUAAUUCCCCUCACAGGGGAAGGCAUCGUCGGACACCGCCAGUUCUCUCUGAGCAAUGGCAAGCUGACUGGAGACUACCUGAAGUACUACAUCUACAAGGCCGACGACGGCCUCUUCCGCAUCAACAUGGCAACAGCUAAGGCUUCGCAAGAGUGGCAGAACAAGUCCGAUAACUUCACGGUCAGGACCACGAGUACCUUUUGCGGGAUCAGCUGGCAGGUGUCAGAGCAGGAGGUCCAGAACGGGGUUGUGUGCUUGUCCGAGAAUCAUCAAAAGCACCUGGCCGCAAAGUUUGAGCGGGAAGCAGUCCAGAAGUUUGCGGGUGAUUUCCCGCAGCCCGCCUAA